AUGAAUGGGAUACAAGCUUUAGAAACCCUGGCUCGACGCACCUUCCAGGAAGCAUACUCCGAUCAGGCUUACAACGCGAUGGCACGAUCUCAAGCGUACUGGCGAGCAGUGUUUGGGAUCCCCCGGCCUGCACUUUCUGACGAGGAGUUACAUCAGCGAGAAGUUGAAGAAAGGCAAGCUUUAAAGACCCGACGCGACUUACAGAACCGAAACUCCGAUCUGCUUCACAACAUCGCGGCAAUGCGUGAGAUCCCCCGGCCUGCAUAUUCUGACGAGCAGCCACAUCAGCUAGAUGUCAAAAAAGUGCAAGAUUUAGAGACCCAGGCUCGACGCUACUUACAGCAAGGAUACUCCGAUAUGGCUCGCGGUGCGAUGGCACAGGCUCAAGAGUGUUGGCGACCGGAGCUCGGGAUCCCCCGGCCUGCAUUUUCUGACGAGGAGUCCCAUCAGCUAGAUGUCAAAGAAAUGCAACGUUUGGAGACCCAGGCUCGAGGCUACUUACAGAAAGGAGACCCCGAUACGGCUCGCGGCACGAUGGCACGAGCUCAAGAGUGUUGGUGA